GCAGCUCUGCUUUACUCCCUCUCCUGCGUAGGCACGCGCACUGCUGCAACUCCAAUGAACGCGGCUCGUGCAGUCUGGACUCCAGCUGUAAACCCACACGCUGCCCAGCGCGCGCGUCGCACAGGACAAUAAUGCCACCCUCACCAACCUACUGACCCACAGAAACCUCUGGAACAUAUUCAGUCCAAUCGCUCCGCCAAGAUGAACGUCUCUGAGACCACCACUGUUCCUCUUCCUCUCUGGACCUUCAUGGUGAACUCCAGCCACCUUUCUUACCUCCCCAACGUCACCGACGCUCCAUCGCAGACCAAAUCUAAAGCAUGUGAGCAGCUGAACAUCGCCACCGAGGUUUUCCUCAUUCUGGGCAUCAUCAGUCUGCUGGAGAACAUCUUGGUCAUCUGCGCCAUUGUGAAGAACAAGAACCUGCACUCACCGAUGUACUUUUUCGUCUGCAGUCUUGCUGUGGCAGACAUGUUGGUUAGCGUCUCUAACGCAUGGGAGACCAUUGUGAUCUAUUUACUGAACAACCAGCAGCUGGUGGUGGAGGACCACUUCAUCAGGCAGAUGGACAACGUCUUUGAUUCCAUGAUCUGCAUCUCAGUGGUGGCCUCCAUGUGCAGUCUUCUAGCCAUCGCGGUGGACCGCUACGUGACCAUUUUUUACGCGCUGCGCUACCACAACAUCAUGACGGUCCGGCGGGCGGCCCUGAUCAUCGCUGGGAUUUGGACCUUCUGCACAGGCUGUGGAAUCGUCUUCAUCAUCUACUCGGACAGCACACCUGUCAUCGUGUGUUUGGUGUCCAUGUUCUUCAUCAUGCUGGCGCUUAUGGCCUCGCUGUACAGCCACAUGUUCAUGCUGGCUCGUUCACACGUCAAGCGCAUCGCCGCCCUGCCCGGCUACAACUCCAUCCACCAGCGGGCCAGCAUGAAAGCGGCCAUCACCCUCACCAUCCUGCUGGGCAUCUUCAUCGUGUGCUGGGCGCCCUUCUUCCUCCACCUCAUCCUCAUGAUCUCAUGCCCCAGGAAUCUCUACUGCAUGUGUUUCAUGUCGCACUUCAACAUGUACCUCAUCCUGAUCAUGUGCAACUCUGUCAUUGACCCCCUCAUCUAUGCCUUCAGGAGUCAGGAGAUGCGCAAGACCCUCAAGGAGAUCAUCUGCUGCUACAGCCUGAGGAACAUUUUCAGAAUGUCCAAGUAGAACCAGGAGCAGGAUGACUUAAUGUUCUCCAACAAAGCCCAACAACCUGAGGAACGUGCUCAAAUGUCCAAACUAGAAAACACCAACCCAGCAUUCUCCACCAAACACCAGGAAACCCAAAGUGUUGGGGAAAAGCCAUUAGAGAGUUGGUGUUUGUGGAGAACGUUGGUGUUUGGUUGAAAAUAAUGGAGUUUGUUGAUGAGGAAUUUCACCAAUUUGUAAAAUCCUCCCUUAUUCAUUGUGUUAGAUGUGAACAGAGAGAUCCAGAGGGUUUGGUGAGAAAACGGGUCAGACGUCUUUACAGUGGUGGUGAUGGGAACCAGGCGUCGCUAUGACUACAACACAGAUAUAGACACUUUACCAUCCAGAACCA